UCAGGGAUUCAAAACCUGCUUUACUUGGUCUCUGGCUUUAAAUUUAUUAGGCACCCCCCUUGGGACUCCAAUGGCAUCUAUAUACACAUGUGGGUCAAAACUGCCAGAAGGAGCUUUUCGCUUCCUCCUACGGCCAGGCGUUGGGUCAGGGGUAUUUUUCUGCUAGGAUGUGGAGAGGCAUAAUGACCUUUGCAAGGGCGUACUCACCAGUCCAAAUCCCUUCCAAUCUGAUUCUAAUCUUUUGGUCCCCAGUAAUCAUCCAUGACAUAUAUGUAUACCUGGUCACUGCUAUCGGAACAUGCUCGUUGUGUCAAGAUCAUAUAGAUUAUGGUCAU